AAAUUCAGAACACUUUUUACUUUCGUGUUCAAAUCAUUGUCUCUGAUUCCCAUUCCUGCAUAACCCCUCAACCCAUGGAAGAAAGAGGAAAGAAAGAUGAUGUACCAUCCGCACGGUUCACAUGGACGAUUAAGAACUUUUCGAGACUGAUGAACAAGAAGCUAUACUCUCCAAGUUUCUAUGUUGGAGGAUACAAAUGGCGGGUGCUUCUAUUUCCAAAGGGGAACCAUUCGAACCAUUUGUCAAUGUAUUUAGAUCCUGUGGAUUCAACAACUUUGCAAUAUGGGUGGGGUAGAAUAUCAAAAUUCAGCUUAUCUGUUAUCAAUCAGAUUUAUAGCAACUACACAAGGAAGAAAGACUUUCAACUCAAUGCAAAAGAAAGUGAAUGGGGUGCGAGUUCAUUCGUGCCUCUUAGCGAACUGUAUGACCGUGAUAGUGGUUAUAUUGUGAACGAUAAAUGCAUAGUUGAAGUUGAUAUUCCCGGCUUCUGUUCAGUUGAGCUUGAGGUUGAGGCGGCAAAGACUGCCUCGGGCAAAGGUGAAACUCCCAAGUCUUCUUCUCAAGGGGAUAUCAAAGGGAGGAUUAGACUGACUGCUUUUGGUACCAAUACAAUCCUGCCUCAGACUGAUACCUCGGGCCCCCCUCCUUCCAGUAAAUCAGCAACCGAAGCGAUGAAGACUUCGGUCCCCCCAACCACUCCUAUUGUUGAAAAGGAAUCAACAGUUAAUUCUUCUCUGCCCCAAGAUCCGAUCAGCAGCUUUUCUCCGGUCUCAAUCAACAAUGUUUUUGAAGUUGAGUUGCUAAGGGGUUCUCCAAUGGGUUCUCCUCUUGAGUCAUCUUCAUUUGAUGACAUGGAUGCCUAUAUCUCCAAGUUGGUGUCAAUAGUAAAGACUGAUGCACCCUUUGACACUAGUGAUGGAUCAGUCGCAGCUUCCACUCCUCAAUCAAUUGAUGAAGUCAAAACAUUCUUCAUAAAGAUGCUAUCUCUGGAGCUAUCAGAAAUUCCUGAUUUUUAUGUCCACCUUACAGAAUCAAUAUGUGUCUUGUUAGAGUGCUGUGACCUUACUCCAGACCAGCUAGCAGAGUUGAACACUUUUAAGGUUGAGUUUUCAACACUUAUCAAAACUUACCAGACUUCCAGCCAUUCUUUGAAGAAGGUCGAGGAAAAAAUGGCAGAAAAGGAAGGAACAAAGAAGUCAUUGGUUGAGCAAGUAAAGAUAAAUGCUUUCACAUUCCAAAUGCAGAGGGGUUUUCACAAGGACUUGAUCUCGAAGGAGGGCAAGCUUCAACAAGAGGUUGAGCGUCUGCAGGCUGAACUGGCAAAGAUCUCUGAGAAGAAGAUGAGUGCUGAGAAAGUGGUCAAACAACUGCAUGGGAAGAUGGUUAAUAUAGAACGGUCUAGAUCCUCUGUUCUUGAAGAGAUCUCAACCCUUGAGACCGAGAAGAAAACUGCAGAGAGCUCACUGUCAUCCGCCCAACAAAAAUGGACCAAGCUCAGGAACAUAUUCAUGGAACCAGACAAUUGAUCUCUCUUUUUUUUCCUUUCCUAAAUCAAUUUAUCUCUUUUUAUUUGAUAGAUGAGAAACUUUUGUUGGUGUACUGUUAUAUUUAUCUGUAUAGGCUGGUUACAUUUUACCUUUAGGCUCCGUUUGUUUCACCGUAAAAUAUUUUUCGGAAAUAAUUUUUCUCAUUUUCCAGUGUUUGGAAGACUAGUUCAAGGUUAGGAAAUCAUUUUUCAUGUAAAUCAUUUUACUCCCAACUGAUUGAAAAUGAUUUACCAAAAAAAAAAUUCUGAAGUUAUUUUCCAGAGGUUAAUUUGUAGUCAUUGGAUGGUAAGAUAUUAUAUGUUCUUUUAUAUUUGGAAA